AUGUCUGAAAUUACUUUGGGUAAAUAUCUUUUCGAAAGAUUAAAGCAAGUCAAUGUUAAUACCAUUUUUGGUUUACCAGGUGAUUUCAAUUUAGCUUUAUUAGAUAAGAUCUAUGAAGUUCCAGGUAUGAGAUGGGCCGGUAAUGCUAAUGAAUUGAAUGCUGCUUAUGCUGCUGAUGGUUAUGCCAGAAUUAAAGGUAUGUCCUGUUUGAUUACCACUUUUGGUGUUGGUGAAUUAUCUGCCUUGAAUGGUAUUGCUGGUUCUUAUGCUGAACAUGUUGGUGUUUUACAUGUUGUUGGUGUUCCAUCUACUACUUCUCAAGCCAAAAAAUUAUUAUUACAUCACACUUUAGGUAACGGUGAUUUUGAUGUUUUCCAUAGAAUGUCUACUGAAAUUUCUGAAACCACUGCUAUGAUUACUGAUUUAAGCAAAGCUGCUUCUCAAAUUGAUAACUGUAUUAGAGUCACUUAUACUACUCAAAGACCUGUUUACUUGGGUAUUCCAGCCAAUAUGUUUGAUUUUACAUUACCAGCUAAAUUAUUGGAAACCCCAAUCAAUAUGAAAUUAUCACCAAAUAAUCAAGAAUCAGAAGAUGAAGUUGUUGAAACUAUUUUAAGAAUGGUUAAAGGUGCUAAGAACCCAGUUAUCAUUGCUGAUGCUUGUUGUUCUAGACAUAAUGUUAAAGCCGAAACUGAAAAAUUAAUUGAUGCUACUCAAUUCCCAGCUUUCACUACUCCAAUGGGUAAAGGUUCUAUCAAUGAACAUCAUCCAAGAUUUGGUGGUGUUUAUGUUGGUACUUUAACUAGACCUGAAGUUAAGAAAGCCGUCGAAUCUGCUGAUUUGAUCUUAUCUGUUGGUGCUUUAUUAUCUGAUUUCAAUACUGGUACUUUCUCUUACGAUUAUGAAACUAAGAACAUUGUUGAAUUCCAUUCUGAUCAUAUCAAGAUUAAGAACGCCACUUUCCAAGGUGUUCAAAUGAAAUUUGUCUUGGAUAGAUUAAUUAAGGAAAUUGGUGAUUACGUUAAGGAUUACAAGCCAGUUCCAGUUCCAGCUGGUAUCCCAGACAACAAGCCAUGUCCAGAUGAAACUCCAUUGCAACAAGAAUGGUUAUGGAAUCAAUUGGGCAAUUUCUUACAAGAAGGUGAUAUUGUAUUGACUGAAACUGGUACUUCUGCCUUUGGUAUUAAUCAUACUAAAUUCCCUAAGAACACUUACGGUAUCAAUCAAGUCUUAUGGGGUUCUAUUGGUUUCACUGGUGGUUGUGUUCUUGGUGCCGCUUUUGCAGCUGAAGAAAUUGAUCCAAAGAAGAGAGUUCAUUUAUUCAUUGGUGAUGGUUCUUUACAAUUGACCGUUCAAGAAAUCUCCACCAUGAUCAGAUGGAACUUGAAACCAUAUUUGUUUGUCUUAAACAACAACGGUUACACCAUUGAAAAAUUAAUUCAUGGUCCAACUGCUCAAUAUAAUGAAAUCCAAGGUUGGGAUCAUUUAUCUAUCUUACCAACUUUUGGUGCCACUGAUUAUGAAGCUAUUAGAGUUGCCACUAUUGGUGAAUGGAACAAAUUAACCACCGAUGAUAAAUUCAACAAGAACUCCAAGAUUAGAAUGAUUGAAAUCAUGUUACCAGUCAUGGAUGCACCAUCCAACUUGAUUGCUCAAGGUAAGUUGACUGAAGCUAUUAACGCUGCCCAAUAG